UUCACACGCUAAAUAUUUUCUCUGCAGAUCAGAUCGUCCUGCAUCGCUCCAAAGAAGUCGUAGGAGGAAAGAUCAGAAGAGUUCAGCUAUGAACAACAUUACAUCAGACACCACUCAGAGUCUGAGAGACCUGCAGCUGAAACGGGAACUGGAACUGGAACUGGAAAAUCUGGGAAGAAGAAUAUUGCUGAGACAUCCGCUGCAUUUGCACACCAAUGUAAAGAAAACCUCAGGUGAAAGAGAGAAACUACUAAAGCUUGCAAAGGAAAACUGCAUAAAUGAGACCGUCCUGAAGUGGCUGAUAGAAAACUCAGGGUCUGUCACCUUUAUCAAACUUGUGGACGUGUUUCACUUCCUGAAAAAACACAUUGAUGAGGAAGAGAAGAAGGACCACGGUGACCAUGUUGACAUCACCUUUGUGUGUCAUGGAGCAAUCAGAGACUUCAUGAUCCCAGCCUGUUGUCUGCUGCCUCUGCCCACCAUCACAGACGUGGUCCUCUAUUCUCCCUGGAACUGUGUCACUGUAGUUGAAACGUACUAUAUUGCUACAGGAACCAUCAGGCCUGAGCACAGAGUAUUUUACUGUGCUGGGAAAGAAAGUUGUAAAAUUCCUGAUGAAGGACAUCGACCUGUGAAACUGCCGAACCACUGGAACUCAAUGAAGAAGGCUGGAGGACAGAUGAUCCCAAACAUCACUGUCAGUCCUCUUCGACCAGAUGAUGGUGUGUGGAAACGUUAUGAAUCUCUCGCAGAGAAACAUGGUCGUCCAGGAAGAAACCGCAUCGUCAUCCCGUUCACCCUCUCAGUAGGGAGUGUCCCGUUCUCUGUGGUCACCUUGGCCCUGUCCCUGGUCCUCCUGUCCUCCAGGCUCAAAGCCACUGUUCACUUAGACGCUUGUCUCCGUGACCAUUCUACUGGACAGAAAUUUGACAGGAAGUAUCUACAGGAGCAGUAUGCCUGUGCCAUCGACAACACUGGAAUGAAAGUUUCAACAAGGCUGUCCAGCACAACAGCAAGUCGUAGGAGGAAAGAUCAGAAGAGUUCAGCUAUGAACAACAUUAAAUCAGACUUUGCUCAGUAUCUGAGAGACCUGCAGCUGGAACUGAAACGGGAAAUUCCGGGAAGAAAACUAUUGCUGAGACAUUCGCUGCAUUUGCACACCAAUGUAAAGAAAACCUCAGAUGAAAGAGAGAAGCUACUAAAGCUUGCAAAGGAAAACUGCAUAAAUGAGACCGUCCUGAAGUGGCUGAUAGAAAACUCAGGGUCUGUCUCCUUCUUCAAACUUGUGGACGUGUUUGACUUCCUGAAAAAACACAUUGAUGAGGAAGAGAAGAAGGACCACGGUGACCAUGUUGACAUCACCUUCGUGUCUCAUGGAUCAAUCAGAGACUUCAUGAUCCCAGCCUGUUGUCUGCUGCCUCUGCCCACCAUCACAGACGUGGUCCUCUAUUCUCCCUGGAACUGUGUCACUGUAGUUGAAACGUACUAUAUUGCUACAGGAAAAAUGAGGCCUGAGCACAGAGUAUUUUACUGUGCUGGGAAAGAAAGUUGUAAAAUUCCUAAUGAAGGACAUCGACCUGUGAAACUGCCGGACCACUGGAACUCCAUGAAGAAGGCUGGAGGACAGAUGAUCCCAAACAUCAUUGUCAGUCCUCUUCGACCAGAUGAUGGUGUGUGGAAACGUUAUGAAUCUCUCACAGAGAAACAUGGUCGUCCAGGAAGAAACCGCAUCGUCAUCCCGUUCACCCUCUCAGUAGGGAGUGUCCCGUUCUCUGUGGUCACCUUGGCCCUGUCCCUGGUCCUCCUGUCCUCCAGGUUCAAAGCCACUGUUCACUUAGACGCUUGUCUCCGUGACCAUUCUACUGGACAGAAAUUUGACAGGAAGUAUCUACAGGAGCAGUAUGCCUGUGCCAUCGACAACACUGGAAUGAAAGCUUCAACAAGGCUGUCCAGCACAGUGGCAAGCCUCAGUGUUUACAAACCCAUUAAUGUGAAAGCUGAACUUCACACGCUAAGAAUUUUCUCUGCAGAUCAGAUCGUCCUGCAUCGCUCCAAAGAAGGUCUUAAGAGGAAACAGCUGAAGAGUUCAACUAUGAAUGACAGCACAUCAGACAACACUCAGAGUCUGGGAGACCUGCUCUCUGCUUUAGAAGACAUGAAGGAACUACUCGAACUUCACUUUGUCUUGAGUACUGUAUCACUGGCCCAUGAACUACAUUGGCAUGUUAUCGGAAAGAAAACCUCAGAGGAAAGAGGAAAACUACUAAAGCUUGCAGAGGAAAAUUGCAAGAAUGAGACCGUCCUGAAGUGGCUGAGAGAAAACUCAGAGUCUGUCUCCUUCUUCAAACUUGUGGCCGUGUUUGACUUCCUGAAAAAACUCAUUGAUGAGGAAGAGAAGAAGGACCACGGUGACCAUGUUGACAUCACCUUCGUGUCUCAUGGAUCAAUCAAAGACUUCAUGAUCCCAGCCUGUUGUCUGCUGCCUCUGCCCACCAUCACAGACGUGGUCCUCUAUUCUCCCUGGAACUGUGUCACUGCAGGCGAAACGUACUAUAUUGCUACAGGAACCAUCAGGCCUGAGCACAGAGUAUUUUAUUGUGACAAAGAAGAAGGUUGUAAAAUUCCUGAUGAAGGACAUCGACCUGUGAAACUGCCGAACCACUGGAACUCAAUGAAGAAGGCUGGAGGACAGAUGAUCCCAAACAUCACUGUCAGUCCUCUUCGACCAAUUGACCCAGCAUGGAUCGAUUAUGAAUCUCACACAGAAAUACUUGGUCGUCCAGGAAGAAACCGCAUCGUCAUCCCGUUCACCCUCUCAGUAGAGAGUGUCCCGUUCUCUGUGGUCACCUUGGCCCUGUCCCUGGUCCUCCUGUCCUCCAGGUUCAAAGCCACCGUUCACUUCAGUUCUUGUCUCCGUGACAAAUCUACUGGACAGAAAUUUGACAGGAAGUAUCUACAGGAGCAGUAUGCCUGCGCCAUCGACAACACUGGAAUGAAAGUUUCAACAGAGGAUGACAACAUGGCAGCAAGGAUCAAUAUGGCAAUGAGGCGCAACAUGGCAGCGAGGCUCCACAUGGCAGCCGGGCUCCACAUGGCAACGUGGCUCAACAUGGUAGUGAGGCUCCAAACGGAAGCGAAGCUCAACACGGAAGCGAAGCUCAACACGGAAGCGAAGCUCAACACGGAAGCGAAGCGCAACACGGAAGCGAAGCUCAACACGGAAGCGAGGCACAACACAGCAGCAAGCCAACAAGGCAGCAACCGCUGCGCAUUAAUGUAAGAAUUUGUUUGGGUUGAAGUGUUCUAUGUGUUUGUGGCUCAGUGCAGAAAAAAAACUGGGAAAACAUUAAAAAAGUAAAUUUAAUGAAGGACUGAAGGAAGGAAUGAGAUAUCAUUGAAGUUUAGCUUGUCAGCUAACAUAAGCUGAUUAGCUGUUAAUAUAAAGUACAGUUAAAGGUAAUGGGAAUGUGUUUGUCUUUACUUUGCAUUUGUAUGUAAACCAGAUAAUACAAUAUUCACCUGAUGAUGGUGAUGAAGACAGAUAUUAUGAUCCAUGUAAUGUCUAUAUCUAGCUAUAUUUAAAUUCACUAUUCUCUCUCUAGUCUCAGCUGACAUGGAUGACGGAUUCUCAGUUUCUGAUUAAUAUUCUAUGAUAUGAUCUUAGCAGCUUCGAGAGUCGAGAUUUGAUUAUACGUUUAGGACAUAUUUAUGGUUGUGAUCUUCGAGGAAUUAUUGUUUUAAAUCCUUUAAACUGCUGUGCAGUCUGUGUAUGUGAUUUGAAUCUCUGUCCACUGACUCUUAAAUGUGUCUUAUUAUUCAAAGAUGAUUCAAAAUAUAAUACACUGUAUAGUUAAAUUAUUAUUUUCCUGAAUGUCAUUGUUCAGAUGUAUUUUUCUAGUGAAAUGUUUAGUAAAAGCUGUCAUGUUUUUAA